GGUUGAGGUUAAUGCAUGGAGACGUAGACUGCUGUGUAUUGCCAUUGUGCAGUCGUUACUAAAGUUGGUAUAACUAGAGAAGCAAGCAGUCGGCAACAUUCAUCUCUCGAGGGGGUGUCUAACUCGGGUGUUGCUCUCCUGUUAAACUUAAUCUUACGCUGGAAUAUCCCUUAAAUGUAGUCUGUGUGAAAAGCUGGGCAUGACAUGACCCCGAAAAAUGAAACCAGAAGAAUGAGGGCUGAAGAAGAGUUGAUUUUUCUGAGAAGUUUGGUUUGAAUUAGUCAUUUGAUGGUAAAAAUGAGGUAAAAGACAUGAUUGACAGUUAUUUGGACAGAUGCAGCUCCUGAUGUGCCGUGAGCACAGGAGGGGGAGGAACGCUGAGUGGAAAUGUCAAAAACACUAAAACAAGAGUCAUUUAACUGGCUUCAAACUGGCACAAAAACAAGCAUACUGAUGAUUCUGUCAACCUGGGGAAAGUUCAAGGUGGGUUUGGGUUAGCAGAAGGGGGUUUCUGUGAAUAUCUGGGCUCUUAGAGCUGGUGCCUUGAGGGUGCAGUUUUAAACUUCAAAUGCACAAGUUGUGGGGGGUGGGGGCAUUUUGGCAUUACUGCUUUAUAAUCUCAGUAGGAGGACACAUGCCAUGCAUCUUUGUACAAGGAUAACAGUGCAUACAGUCAAUCUUAUCAAACAAAGGAUCAUCAAGCACAAUAGUCAGUUUGAGGAUUUAUUUGUGUUUAUUUUUACUGAGUUGUUGUGGGACUAGUUAAACAUUUUUAAAGUAGGAUCUUUUCAUAAUUUUCAGAUCUUGCUUUGUAAGAAAGUGUGCUGUUUUCUAUGCUGUUUGAUUAAAGUGAAGUCUCUGAGUUUUCUCUUUAAACUUACUUUAAAUAAACUCAAUGAUAACUCUCUGAGCCGACACACAGCUCCUUUUUCUAACUGACAUAGGUGUGGACUACAAUAAUCCUGAUCUCUGGAUUUUUUAGUCAUGAGCACAUAUGCAGUAAGGUCACCAUAAAUUCUAUCACCACAUUAUUGGUCUUGACAGUGUGGCAGUCACAUACGAUAUUUCCUCUCAUUGUGUGCUUGUGCGUGCGUGUGUGUAUAAGUGAGAGUCACGGUAAUGAGUUAAGCAUAAAAACACUGGAGCCUGCAUUCAUUCACGAGCAGUGACGUCGUCCUCUAAGUGGAGCUUUGGGAGUUUUUGGGAGACCACUGCAAGUGGAACUCCUUUGCAAGGCUGGGCUGUAACCUGAAGCCAAAGAGAAGUAAGAGAGAGAGAGAGAGAAACAGAGAGAGAAUGAAAUUAGAGAGAAAGAGAGAGCGAGAGAGGGAGAGGGAGAAAUGAAGGAGGGGGAGGGAAGGACUGAAGGGCCGAGAGAAGGUGAUGUCAGCUGAGUUCAGAAAGUAAACAGAGUUCCAGACUGCAGCAUGCUGUCUGCGGGACGGGGACUGCAGUUGGGGCAAACCCACAGGGGUACCCAUUCAAUCCCCUGGACCAGCACCUUUAUCCCUGGGAAGGAGGGCUGGUUCCUCUUCAUCUCUCUCUUCAUCCUCAUCUUCUUGCCCCAGGGGAGAGCCUGGCCCUACGGUAAGAGUUUUAUCUCUCCUGCUUGUCUUCCCUUUCUCUCUCUCUGUCUCUGUCUCUGUGUUGGCGCAGCCUCUCAGUUUAUGUUCUUUGUUCUCAAAAAGCCGGCAUCAGCACUCUCAACAUCUCCUCUUCCCUUCUAUCCUUAAAAAGCAAGAAAGUGCUCAGCAGAGUACAUAAAAGACACAGAAAGAGAGUGAUGCCCAAUCCAGCCUCUACAAAGCACGGAAGAAAACAUCAGUGACAAGUUUGUGCAAUCUUUGGUUUACAACUCUUGUUGUGUAAUAGAGUGAGGGAUUGCCCUUUGGGGUUUGUUAUGAUCCUAUUUAUAAAAAGGAUCUGUGAUCUUUAUCCUCCUUUUUCAUAUUGCAUUUGUUUUUCGUUGGAAAUAGAGUAACAUGCUGUUUUAUUUUGUUGUUAAAUCAGACAACAGUUGGUUGUUGCCACACAUUCCUGGAGGUAAAAUGAGGCGUUCAAGUCCUAAUAGGGCCGUUGGCACGUGUUCCCUUUUGUAUGCAAGCUUCUCUUUAAAAGUGUGUUGUGGCUGAGGUUGAGAUCAUCCCUGCCUGUUUACUCUGGGUUGAACAGUUGAACUGGAAGACAUGAGUCACGUUUGAGUCAAUCACGCUUGCUUUAGUAAUGUGUAUACCGUACACCGUCUCCAAGAUUCCCAACUACAUCUCUGCCCUCUGUUUGAAUCCUAUAAGAAAGGGCACCAUGCCGUAAAUAAUCCUUUCAAUUUGUAUUUUUGGUGAAUGUGGUGAAGCUCUGGGCAGAGAGCAGCUGUUUUUCAGCUGGAGUGAUUAAGAGAGUUCCCUCUGGCAGAUUAUGUUGUCAGCUGAGUCACUCACUGUAAGCACAGCCUGUUUCAUAAUCGUGCUUUAUCAGCUGAUGAUAGUUGUUUUCCAUUGAGCAAUCUCAAAUCGUUUCUUUUCUUGUUGUUAAGCAGAGCAGACUUGUUUACACGUGGAUCUUGACUCUUUUUUUGGCUUGUCUGUAUCUGCCUGUGUCUGUGUUUAUGUCCAUUCGUGCAUGUUUGGGUGUCUUUUCCAAGCUGUUUUUGAUCUCUUGCUCCUAACACAUAUCCACCGCCAACAUUUUUCAGUCAAUUUAAGGACAUUCACGCCCUGAUAUUUCUGGGAUUGCUUUCCACAUUCAGCUCACAGCAGAAAGUUAUCAGUGUUGGAUGCACGAACAACCUCAAACUCAACCCAAAAUACUCUGUUUUGUUUUGGUGAGAGGGGGAUGGAUUACUGUGGGAGUUGUCAUCUUUAGUAAUGGAAGAUAUUUCCCUGUUUCCACCACUUUAACAUGCAGUACAGUCAUUUUUGCAGUACAAACACAACAGUGGAAAACAAUAUAGUGGCACUGAAACCAAGCUGAAAGAGAAUAAGGGAGCAAACCUCCACUCAAAGUCAACAAUGUCAUCACAACCGCUUACUUAUGAAGAAUGAUCCAGGUUUCAUUCGCUCACCUUGACCUCUCGAGGACAUUUUAUUGGUGACAGGUAAGAAAACGUCUGCUUAAAGUCUGCGUGAUUAGACUGGACCAUAUAGGUUUACACAUGCAGCCCCCUUCUGGAAAAUGUGAGGAUAUGGGAGACCAGUGCAUGUGUGAGUGGGGUUCAUCCAAAGUGUCCUGUUCAGGAUCCUCCACCCACACGAGUCCUGAAAUGUCCUGUUCUUUUGAUCUUUCUCUAUAGAUUGUUUUACUAAAAUCCACAGGGGUCUUUUAGAUAGUGUGAUGAAUGAAACAAAGCCAAAGCUUGCAUAAAUAAAAAUGAUCUAACACUGGACAGCGUGUAAUCUUGGCAGAGACUGCUGUUGGAAAAUGAAAAACAUUGUGUAAGAUUGAGCAUAUGGAAAAUAAAGGGUCACAAAAAACUCAAGAGGUCACUCCAAGUUCGAAACAAAUGUGCACAUCUCUGUCUGCUGUUUGACCUACAUACUGGCGUGUCUACAUACAAUUUCCUCAAAGUGGAUAAUAGAUCGAAAGGAUAUUCCUAUGAGUCUGUGGUUUCCUAGCAGAGAGAAGUUUAUUUAAAGUGACAUACAGGAUGACCAUUGGGAUCAGUGCUCAGGAUCGAGCUGCAUUUGGAUACAUAACGCCCGCAGAGCUCCCCCUGGGAGUUUCCCAGCUCCAUGGUAGCAAAUUUGCUCCAACCUCAAAAUACCAGACAGCUGCUGUGGGUAGGAGGUAAAGUGAACUGUACGCGCACAGCACAUGCACUCACAGCUGCUGGAAAAAUAACUAUGGCUGAUAUUUCCAGUAUAAAAUAUAAACACCAUUUUGUCAGAAGGAAAAUAUUUAUUCGCUGGAGGAUACUGUAACCUGCUACUCUCUGUUCUCAGGGUUUUGUUUUGUUUUUUUCUUGAUUUUCAGCAUUACUUCUUCCGACUUAUGGGGAACAGUUGUGAUUUAAUGAUGUGGUAGAGGUUAUACAAAUCAGUAUGAUUACACAAAAUUGAUAGAAUCUACAUGGGUAGAUGCCAUGAGGGAUUAAUUAUCAGAAUAUAUUGUUAUUUUUCAGUCAGGUGAGCUAAACAGUAAAAGAAGAGAUCGAUAUGUAGAGAAAUAUAUAUAGCAAGGACUCAGAGGAAAGAUUGUUUUACUACUGUGUAAAACAGGGGGCUGAAAUGUCAUUUUAGCUUAGUUUAACUUAGUUUUGUUUAGAGAGUUGGCUUGACUUGGCUCUGUCGAGAAGCUGCAAACUUCAGGAAAAUGUUAAGCUUGGUUCCAUCUAGCAUCAAAUUUAACAUGAAAUACAAAGUAUUGGCUAAACCUUAAAAUCUGAUCAGUGAAUUAACAUGCUGAUGUUGUAACAAGGGACUUUGUAGAGCUGGGCAAUUACUCAGAUUUUAAUUUUGAUUACGAGUUUGGGUCCCCACGAUCAUAACAAAUAUGCUAUUACUAUAUGUUGUGUUUCCCCAGAAGUUGAAUAAAGAGCGCCCUCCCUCUCUUCCUUAACAGCAGAGUGUAGGUGCGGCCCCUACUCUCAAACAGCUCUAACUUCAUUUUAUUAAAAGAAGCUUGUAUCGAUGGGAAACAAAGUUUGGGAUUACAAGGAAGUUGCAGAAACUACGAGGAUUAAUGGUGGACCCCUGUAUCUUCGACAGGCUGUUCAGCAGUGGCACAAACUAUCAGGCAGCCACAGGUGGAGAGAGGAGAGCAGGGAGAGGAGCAGGAGGAGGCAGGUCUGAGUCUCUUUUUUGAGUGAGUACGACAGGAGAGGAGGCUGUCGUGAUGACAAGUGUGCACAAGUGCCAACUAGCUAAUUAGUGAGAGACACCAUUCUGAAUCUGAAUCAAAUACAAGCCCACAUAAUGUCUUCAGAGAAAUGAGUUUUUUAAGGUUUAGCGAGGUUUCAAGUUGUUUAAAUGUAUGUGAAUUAGAUAUUAAACCAUGGGUGAUUAUUUUUGAUAAUCCUGGUAUGAAUGUAAAUCAAAUUCAGGAUUUUUGGCUUAAAGAAGCGGUCCGAGGACUUUUGGAGGUGCAUUCACACCCUAAGUUCUCAACUUGUAACCCAGCAGCUGGUGGUCCCAAAGAGAAAACAAUUUCACCAUGAAACCAUCAGAAGUUACAAAUCCAGUAAAGCUUUGUGUGAAGAUAAGCCAAGCUUAUUUGGCUUAGCUUCAAUCUAUCACACAGACAUAAAACCAUUUCAGUCUUUGAGCUACUGAAUAUUUUCAUGUAGGAUGGAAAAACAUUUCCAACAUCCUCCAUAUGACUCAGCUACCCGCGUUGUGUCUGGUCUGGUAAGCCUGUUAAAGUCAUCUCAGAGUCCUCUCUUGGCUCUGCUCUCUGUAUUGUGCUCUUUAGCUUAGUUUGGAGUUAAAAAUAGCAGAGCUAUGAUCAUUGUGCGCAGCAGGACAAGACUCGGGCUGAUAAAAGUUUUGGUGUUGGAGCAGCCAAAAAGGAAGAAGAGGAACUAGACAAUAACAGCUUUAAAUACCACAGGGAGCAGCGUGACCUGCUGGGAUGCUGAUAGCAUUUGGAUAUCACAUUUGACCCUAAUUAUAGAAGUUAUCUGAGACUCCUGAGGCAGCGGCUGACUGUUAACUACAGUCAAUGAUAAUACCCAGUCACAGCAAAUAAAGAGGCGAGUGAUGAGUUUGAGUUUAAAUCUUUGCAGAGCAGUGAAGAAGUUACUCUCAAGAGAUGAUUGUUCAGCUUAAAGCUGAUGCAGAAGUAUGAGUCACUUUUUUAGGUCAAAGUCAGCAGCUGCUGCAGAUUUUGCAUGUAGUAAAUCUAUUUAUCAGUGGGGGUUCUCAAGUCUGAGUUGUGUACAUCUGUAAGGUUUGUAUUUUCUCAGAAUACAGUCAAGAAAUGUGUCUCACUGAACUUAAAAACAUUUCAGAGUUUUAUGUUGCACAUCUAGAGAUUUCUUGGCCAGCAGUGAGGUCAGACUAAAGGUGAUAGAACUCGCUUGUAUUCCCGUGGCCCCCUUCUCUGACCCUGGUGGUAAUGAUGUCAGUCUCUGGAUCCACAUUAAAGGUGUGCAUGCUGGUUAAUAGUGUUUGGGCUGUUUUUUGAUGCACUGGGAUCUCCACCAAGCUACAUGACGUCUGUUAUGAUGCCUGUGUUACUGCUAUAUGUUUUCAUCUCUGUCAUUCCUUGACAUGCAUGUUGAGAAGUACAUUUAGGAGCUCAACAUCUGGAGUAGAAUAAAAAUCAGAUACCACUUACAUAAGACCAGUAAAUCCAAACAUCCCACACAAAAAAAUCUGCACACAUAGCUGCAGGACUUGGAGAGGGGGGGCAUUUGUGAUCUGUUUUUAUAUUGUGUUUGGCGUGACGCCAGUGUCUUCGCACACACAGAGACACAAUACUCCUUAUGUGCACUGAGGAUACACAGUAUGAAGACACUAUAACACACACACAUAAACAUCAGAGAGAUUUGAUGAAAAAAAGCACACUUUGAUUUUCGAGAUCGGUUUCUUCCCAGUUACUGUACCUUUUUGAUGGCUGUCAACACAUCUACUCUGUGAUUAUGUACACAUUAGCCAGAGGCAUGCAGUCUUACAGGUGAAAUUACAGGUCUUGUGACAUGUUGAUGUUUUUUUUUUUUUUUUUCCACAAUCUUUUUUUAUCCACAGAUUUAUGCAGGAAAAUUCAAUGCACAACCAAAAAACAUCACUUUUCAACCCCUGUAUUCCUACAGUGUUGACCAAACAAUGUGUUUAAUAACUUUACCAUCACCCUCUUGCAAGUAUUCAUCGUCUUGUGUAUGUGCACUUCCACAGCUGUUCAGACCUCCUCACCUGCCGUAAAAAGCCACAAUGAAAUAGUUACUGUCCAGGCUGUAGUUACCUGCAGGUGUUGACCUGGAAGCAUGGCAGAUGUGUUUUUACAAGGCACUAAGCUUGUCACUGGGAUGAAGAUAUUCAAAAAGCUGGAGUGCAUACUGAGCCCUGUUAUGCAAGAAUGGUCUCCAGUGUUGUAAAUCAGUAAACACGUAUUAAAGAGAGGAGAGAGCUAUCCAGAGAAAUAAAGAUGCAUUCCAGCACGCGUCCAGCACUGAGGGGAGAGCCUUGUAGUCACGCUCUAGAUACAAAUAUUUCAGUCUUAUCAACAGAGUUGAAGGUCAGUUAACUGAGUCUGUUCACAAGGAAUAAACACUACAAUGCUGCCGAGGGAGUUUAUUUAUCACAGUGAGGAACAUUAAGAAAUCAGCUGUGGGUAAUCUGUAAAAAAAACUGUCUGGAGUGGGACCAAAAGAUGAAUUCCGAGCUCUUGUUCAACAAAUAGAAAUCUGCUUUUCCCUCCUGAAGAUCGGGGAUCUUCUUUAAGAGCACUCAGUGCCGUUACAUCCUCGUGGUGCCAUUUCUCUAUCUCAGGAAAAGACACAGCAGCAGUUCAUGAAAUGACAUUACCAGACGAGCUCAUAAAGUCUCUUCAUGUUAUGCUCUAUAAAUCAGGUUUCCACAGUCCCUGACCAGCUUCAUGUGCAAACCUCAGUGAGGAAGGACUGGAGACUGAGUGUCAGCACAACAAAAUCCUCAUGUGACAGACUUUACACCUUUUUAACACAUGGUUUAUCCAACAUCAGUCACUGCACAGCAGCUAAGAGUCACGGUAAAUGGACUAUUACUAUUAGCAAGGAAACACUUGGCAUUGGCUUUGGUCUAUUUCCCUUAAUUUAUUACAUCUAGCUUAUGUAAUUUGAGUCAAACUGCAAUGGAAAUAACGAUAAUAGUUGGUUGAAAUUUGUAUUGUUUUCACUUACAUUUACAAGUUUGUGAUAGGGAGCAGUUCAGAAUAUGUAUGCCUAUAAAUUCUAACAAAGUCCAAUAACUGUUAUCGAGUGACAGUGGAAAGCAUAAGAUCCAGUGUAUACCCUCUUAUAAUAUACAGUGGUCUACACUUCCAUGUGCAAACCUCAACCAAAAAGCCACUCAAUAGACACAAAUAAUGCUCAGAACAGCACCUAACUUCAUCAACAGUACAUAUAGGGUCAUAGCCAUAGUACUAGCCAUCAAACAUCUUUUUAACUUUGCCUGAUUUCUUUAGCAAAGAGACGAUACACAACUCACCCACUCUUCUCCAGCAGCCCCUUGUUUGUGGGAGGAGCCCUGACGAGUCAAUCACAGAGUGCAGUGGAGUUUCACAGCUCAAGGAAGAACAUUUAUGAUCAUUACUUCAUGGAAAUGCAAUCAGAAUUCUUGUGUAUUUUGUAUGUGCACUGCAGAUACAGUAGUUCUUUUGCCUUUGCGUCUCAGUCUGAUUUCUCUUCAAAAAAGUGUGAGCGCCUGAGCUCGUGAAAAACUCAAAGAAAAAAACUCUCCACGGAGCAACAUGGAGGAAGAAACCUUCUGCAUCUAUAAAUAAGCCGGAGCUUGCCUUAAGUUAACAACAUGAUCAGCUGAAUCUCAAGAUGUACUGACAACAUACAGAGUGGGUUUCAGUUUCUGUCAUAGCUCACUUUGAAUGGCAUACACUCUUUUAAAAUGAAGCUGUUCAAGGCCAGUUGUGUCUCCUAUUGGUGAAAUAGAAAUCAGGUGAGUUGCCUCAAGUGAUUUCAUUAUAGCCACCACUGAAUGAGGCUAAAGGUUGACUUUCAGUAUGAAUGAUGCACAGUAUAUGGCCUCACUCCUUGUACAGCAUCCUCUUUCAAUCACAAUAGUCAUCUUUCUAAGUGUACAGGCCAUGCCCAUGCCUUGGAUGUUUGUGGUCCCUACACUUGGUCAAAAGAAAUCCACAGAAAUGUCCUUCUGGUCUAAACCUAUGAGCUUCCCUGUUUUGGUCCCAAUGAGACAUAUCGAGUUUAACAGGAGAAGACAAUGCCAGAACGUCUGCUUUGAUUCAAAAACAAAGCUCUGAGGUUGUAAGUUUAGAUUGCUCUUAGCCACAAGAAAUCUUUUCUGUGAGUUAAUGUGACAGCACGAGCAUUGUGCAAGUGACUGGCGUGCGUGAAUGUCAUGGCUGCAGUAAAGAUGAAUGACAACAAAUCAUAUUCUUACGAUCUUUUGCACGCCAUGCCAUAAAGAAAACAGACUGCCCUCAUGUUUUUUGGCUUGCGAGAACAUGCUUCAACAAUCCAGAUGAGCCGCUGUUAUCAAAGCAAUAAACGAGUAAGAGAAGAGACGGAAAUCAUAAAACAACCGAAACCCCUCAACAGCUUUAUGAAGCACACAUUCUUGAUCUAUUCCUUCAUACCUGGGUUGAAGUUGACCUUGUAUCAUUAUAUAACCUCCUCUCUGUUUGAUUAAUAUCUGUGUGCCGUACGUCACCGUGUCUUCAAAAGGAAACAACAGACUGGAAGGCCAGACUGGCUGGUUUGUGUCACAAUUUAUGAUCUCAUUAAUGUGGAAGGGCAGCAGGGGACAUCUCAAAGCAUUCCAAGACAUCUGUGCUUCUCCUCUCUGCUUGACCGUCUGCAAACAUCCACUCAGAGAUUAAUUGCUUUUGCUUGUUGCUCCUGUGCAUCGACGCAUUUGUGUGCCUCUGUCUGAGAUUCUAGGUUUCCUAAUGCUCUUAUAAAGGACAAAUUGACCCAGCUUGCAAUUUAUGUUUUACAAUUAAAACCAGUAUACAAGUGUGUUUGUGAGUUUUAAGGUUGUAAACUAACAGGAAGAACAGUUGGAUUGUGGUAGUGGUGGCGGGGGCUGGGGUCAUGGGCAGGAGUUUAUUGUGAUUGCAGAGCUGGGAGGAGAGUUAAAAAAUGCUGCAGUGACAAUGUGCCAAGACUAAAGUGCAGCUUCUGUUAGUCCUCAGUCCACAUCUGCCACAAGAGAAUUUCCACUUGUGUUUUUCAGCUUUCAAAUCCACUGUUACAUAAUAGUAACCACUCAGGCUCAAAGGUUCUUGAGUCACUGGUUUUCAAUCCAAUAAAACGCUGAGCAAAAAGAAGAAGGUCAAUAUUUACAGUUCGCUUCUUUAUUCACUUUCUAAAAUAUGAUUGAAUUCUGUUUUCUGUGACAGUGAUUUUACUAGUGUGGCGUAUUUUCUGAUGUAAUAGUGUAAGAACACACAGGAGGUCAACCACUGAAUGUUUUGUGGUCCCCUAACUUGAAGCUUGCAAUCAUGUAGCAGUGGAAAUAAGCAGAGUCAGUGCAGAGCAAGAGUUCAGAUAAACACUGGACUCACCAGAAUCCUUCCACUGCUGAACAUAACCUGUGUCUGGGCUCCUUUUCCAACAAGGCUGAUCUGUACAUGAAUCAAAUUUCCCUCCAAACUGACUCCUCUUUCCCCUCCUACUCUGUCCAAGGUAAUGGUUACAUAAACAAAUGUUUCCUGCUUUCCUGUUUGAGUGAUUUGGCUGAGUUCCUGCCUCUGAUGUAUUGUCUCAUUUAGAUUACAGGUAUUUGUACAACCACUGCCCAGGCCCUGAGUGGAACGUCAUGUGCAGAGGCUGCUGCGAGUAUGAUGUGAUCCGCUGUAAAUGCCCUCUGCAGGGGACACCAGUGGGCUAUGCAGUGCCCUGCUGCCGCAACGCCAUAAAUGAGUGUGAUCCCUGCAUCAUCCAUCCAGGUAGAACCUCUCUAAAUAUAAUUACUUUAGAAUGAGGGAUUGAAUUUUAAAAUAUCGCAAACACAUACAGAGUGGUCUCUUUCUGCAGUUUGCAUCUGCUUGUUUUGGUGAGUCAUACAUCUCCAUCCUUGAAACUGAUCUUUGUUUUAGUCAGGGAUACAUGAUGAUUAGGGCUGCAGCCAUCAAAUAUUUUUGUAAUCGAGUAUUCUACCAAAUAUUUCAUUGAUCAAUCGAGUAAUCGGAUAAUAUAUACUUUUUUGUUAGUUGAAGUGCGAUUAUCAUGGAACAAUUGCGGAACAAACGUGUGUGUUAGCGGACUGCAAUGCUUGUAAGAAAGCUAAUUAUGAUAUUAGCUUUCAUCAUGCCCCUAAAGACAUUAGUGUCCGAGAGCUGAAUAGCUCCUAUGUUGCCUGCUACUUCUACUAAACCGGUAAUGUUAGGCUGAAAGCUAGCGUGAAGAGGAGCAUGAAGAGGACCCUGCAGAGCAGCGCUGUCUCCGCCCAUGACUCAGAGGUGAAGUGCUAAUGAGCUACUGGAGCUCUGCAGAAGAAAAGCCCCUCUCAUCAUUCAUUUUCUUCCAUUCCACAAAACCAAAACUGCGCUUACUCCUCCUUUUACCAUGGUGACAUACACGCGAUGUGUCACCUUGAAAAUAAUCUGUGCAAAACAGUGAUGAUUUGAGCUUAUGAACGAAUACUCCAGACAGAGAAAAUUCCUCGAUCAUGUUUUGUAAUUGAGGUACUCGAGGAAUCAUUUCGGCCCUAUAGAUAAUUGACCUUGAAGCUAGACUUGAGUAAAAGUACAGACAUAAUACCAAAUAGUCUAACAUUAUAUGAGUAAAAAAACCUAAGGGACCACUGAAUUAUCCAAGUAUUUUAUCCAAAGCACUGAACAAUGCCAAGUCAAACCGAUAAAGAUUUUUUCUUGAUAUAAUGGACUGUAUCUUGAGAUUUAAAUAAAUACAGGGAUUAUGUCAGAUAAAUACUAAGGGCCUGAUCUACUAAAGGUUUGCGUGUGCAAAAACACGUGCAAACUUGAAAGUGCAUGCAAACCUGAUCUACUAACCGGGUGCACCGAGGAUUGCAUCUGUCAAAUGAGCAAAACAGCGAGCGCAAUCCAUUUAGCGUGUUUUCCUUCAUGAAUAUGCAGAAUGUAUGUAGAUCAUCAGACCGAGCAAAAUUCUGGGAGGACCAGAUGCAAAUGGAAUCAUUUAGCACCCGCAAUGUGAUUUAUCAAACCCAGAAACUGAUUGCGGUCACUGUUUUGCAUCUAUAUUUAGCACGUUGGAAAGGCACGUGCAAACUGGAGCAGCAUUACGCAUGGUCAUUGUGGGGAGAAGGAUGCAAAAGUGCCAUAAUACACGCCAUGAUCCUUGUCCAAGAGCUUGUGAUUUAUUUUGUUUUUCCGGGAAAAUUACGAUUUUCGUAAAUAAUACGGUCAAACACGAAACAAACGAAAAAAAAUAUCUGUUUGUCUUAUUUUAAACUGUUUUAAUCCCUUUUUUGAUUUCUAGUAUAUCUUCUUGCAUCUGUAAAUUGCCUUGUGUAUGAAUUGUGCAAUACAAAUAAACUUGCCUUGCCUUUUAUGCAGUUCCACAAAACGAUAUGUGCAACCCCGUGGCUUCAAACACUCUGCUCUUACAAACCCUCCAUAGUGACAGCCAAUAGUCCACACCACUUUUGCUCCCGCUAUCAGUUGCGCACGCAAUGAUCGUAGAUCACCUGCAACACGCCCACUAAUAGCAUGUGCAAUUUUUAGUUUGCACACGCAAUUUAGCCCUUGCCAUUUUGGAUCUUAGUAGAUCAGGCCCUAAGUGUGUUCUUUGUGUAUCAGCUUCAAAUUCAAUCAUAUAACUAUACUUUACAGUACUUAUCCUGUUAACAAUGCAUUUUUGAAACAGCAGCGUAAAGCUCCAGUGAGGAACUUUCAGUUUUUGUCCAUCUUGGUGCCCCCAUGUGGACACACCAUAACCUACGUAUUUUGACACCAAUCUCCUCAUUCCAUAUUCAGGCAUUAAAGAUUACAAUGCAGAAAUCAUUGGGCUUGUCAGUAAUAGUUAUAUUUACAUUUGUUUUUCAUAAAAGGCCCUAAAUAGGAAUUUCAGUCUAUUUCAUUCACAUAAAUAAAAAAAGCACAGAUAAUUUUCACAUUAUUAGAUACAGUCUGCAUUCUUUGUUUUUAAGUAUUAAAUGCAGUUAGCAAAAAGCUUUCAGAUGCAACACUUCUACAUUAUAACCAGGAACCAGUGAAAAUAGUGGGAAAGGAUUUAAAUGAUGACAUGCAAUUUAAAUAUUCAAGAGUUAUGAUCAUGAUCUCUACACAGUAUUACCCUUAAAUGGUUUUUCAAUUCAUAUAGUUGUCUUCUCUUUACACCUGGCACGCUUGAUUUGACUUAAAGGUGAAAAGACAUAUGGAAACUUUACAUUGGCUUCUUCUUAUAACUAACAACAAGGUGCAUGAGUUUGGUAAUAAAUCAUCCUGUGUUUAUCUUUGACUUCUCAAUGAAAUGGGGGAUAACUCAUGUGUGACUGUACUCAGAGAUGAGCGCAUCGUUGUACAGUAGAGGUAUGUAUGUAAUUACAUGGGGAAGUCUGCACACGUGCUUCACUUCAAGUAUCCAAACUCUUGCUUUCUUCGUGUUAUUUUCCAACAUGCCAUCCACCUAUGGAAGUAUGUCAUGUUUUCCUCACAGCUUGAAUCCACUCAGGUUUUCCUUUAUGGGGGGAAAAACAGCUGUCAGGAAUUUAAUGGAUGCCUGUACAUCACAUUUUACUCUUAAAAAGGAGAAAAAUGUUCCAGGCUUUGUGUACAGUCCUGUAUCCCCAUGUGUACACCCUAGAACAUUUGUUGUUAAAACUCAUACCUAUACUCAGGGCAUUUACAAGGCCAGCUCUUAAGUGAAAAUCCAUCCUCACAGGAGGCCAUCGCAGGGGGGUUUCUCAACAUUUCUGUUUCAGGGAGCUGCCAUUUUCUGUGUAUUCUACUGCUCUGAAAGAUGAGCUUAAUGAGUAUAGCAGAGCUUAGUCAAAGGUUACAUUGCAGGCUGUUUGGGCAAGCAAACGUGCCUUCAAUUCAGACAAAGAAAAACAGCUUUUGGAGAGAGUCAUGAAAAAUGGUUUGUAUAGCUUGUCGACUCCAGCUCUAAUUAAUUUUCGCCUGUGGCUUUCUUUCUUUCUUCUAGGUUGCAGUAUAUUUGAGAACUGUAAGCGCUGUAACAAUGGGACAUGGGGGCCCAGGGAUGACUUCUUCAUUAGUGGCAAAUACUGCGCUGAGUGUCGCCCUGGCUGGUCCGGUGGAGACUGCUUGAGUAAGUCCUUUCAUUACCCCUAUUAACGGAUUCUGCAGGGCUUUGCUGUGACGUUUUCUUUCUCCUUCUAGAUUAAAUAAAUACCAUGUGCUAUAUGUUCCUCCCUUCCCUGCUGAUUUGUCUACUCUGGGACGACUAUGCCAACUUGGAAGGCUUCCAAAAGCCCCCGAGGCUUUUCCAUGAAGAGCUGGAUGACAAGUCAGAAUCAACAUUUUGAAAGCCCCAUAGAGCGAUUCAAUAAGCAGCAUUUAGAUACCCAGUGUAGCUUUCUCCUUAUGCAAAUUAUCUGCCAAGGGGCACAACAGGCAUACCUUUAAUUAAAAACAGUGCCUGGAAAGACUCCAGACUGUAUUUGUUUUCCCUGUAUGUUUAUCCAUCUUCUUGAACACAGCAUAGGGUCUGUGAUGUUGCUUCGGAAACUCAAGAGUAAUUGCAUCUUGGCAUGAAUGGUAACCAAAGUAACAGAAUGUAAACCCUCACAAUAAUAAUUAAGCUGUGAUUAACAGCCUCUGAAAUUUACAUGGCAGCCCUGAAAUGUGCACAAGUUUCCAAAAUAGUAGCCUCUCCAUUUACGUGUGUUUUUCAGAGUGUGGGGGUGUGAUACGUAAACGACAGGGGCAUUUGGUGCUGGAGAGUUACCCCAACAAUGCACGCUGUGAGUGGACUAUUCAGGUGGACCGUCCUUUUACCAUUGAACUCAGGUGAGACCAAUAAAUAGUCUGCUUCUGUUCCUCAUUUACCCAUCAUCAUUAACACAGCAUGGGACGUUGUAUAAGUUAGGUUACAUAAGAGAGGCACAUAAUUGUGUUUUGCCUAAUUCGAGUAGCUUGUUUUUAUUACCAGAGUGCAUGAUGGGUAAGACCACAGAUUAGAGUGGUCUCUUUUGCCUGUUGGCCACUAUUCCACAUUAAGCUUCAAUUUUACUGUAUGUUCAAUGAAACAGACCAUUGAGACUUUGCUUAGGCACAGCUUUGUUUUGAGCUGAAACAUGUUAGCAGUAUAAUACUGACAUGCUUACGUAAACCCUGUUUAAAAUCAAAGGUUUUAGGUUUUGGUGUUGAAUGGGUAAAAUAAAAUUGUUGGAUGGUUUGCAGCAUGUGACUAACACUUAUGGGGUGUUAACACCAAGCGUGAGUAAAAUCAUCAACUUGCUUAAUUUAGGGGAAAUCUAGACGCGUUAUGAAUUGCAUUUACUCACUUCAUUUGCGCGUCAACUGUAAUUUCAACAGUAAUCCCUGCCAAUUUUACCGGCAGGAUCAAGUGAUAGACAAAGGGUUUUUUUUUACAGUUUACCAGGUAUUCCAAUCUCCUCACUCACUUGCCUCCAGGCGAGCUUCUUAUUAUUCCGGUUUCGGUAAUUGAAAGAAAAGGUAUAUCAUUCGGGGCACCCACAUACCGACACGAUCAGUCUAUCCUUCAUUUUAGAUACUGGUGAACAACCCUCUACUUUCAUACGCCAUCCGGCAACCUUCAUGCUGAUGGGUUAUCGCAACGUUAAUAUCCGCUCAAGUUGAAACCUUUUCAGCUCCCGACCAAUUCAUGUCAUUUGCGCCACCAGAGUAGUACGAGUGUCUAAUAGUGUCUUUAGAUUGACUUAACAUGUAAUUCAGUCACUGGGAUGAUUUUACUCGCACUUGGUAUGUGGAAAUUAUAACAGAACUAACACCGCCAGUCUUUGCUCAAAAUACAGGAGAAUCCAAUAGAAGUAGAAAGUGGCUAAGAGUUGCAGAGUUUUUACAGCAGCUCACGCCAGAUUUAUGGCACCUGCAUGGUUUACACUAUUAGCAGUUCAGAUGAAGUUGAUAAAGCCAGCUCUUGUGACCAUACAUAGAAAGACUUUGUGACCUAAAAAGAAGUGUAGCUUAUUGAGAAUGAAGAAUAGUUUACUUUCUGUGUUUGUUUGUUUCUUCUUUGUUUCUUUCUCUUAGUCCAUCUAUGAAUUAAUUUGAUGUGCCAUAUUAAGAAAUAAUUUUAAGAGCGAUUGGGUGAUCUUUCUCAAGCUAUAACUAUUGCUGAGGAAUGUUAACUUCAGUACUUGAUUGUUGUGAGAUAGUUGGAAGUAAUUGAUCUAAACAAUAUGAUUAAAACAUACAUGUCAUUGUUACACACAGUAUAGAAGUUAGAGUGAAUGGAAAAGAGAAAAAAUGUAAUGAUCAUAAAAAAUUAGCAUUUUAAAUAUGACUUGUAAUGUACAAUUACCUGACAUUUUCUAAUUUUAGCUUUAGCUUAUAGAAAGAUAUAGACGAACACACAGGGGACACAACAUUUACUUUUCUAGAGUUGAACAAGAACCUUCACUGAAAAAUAUCAACAACAUAAUGUCUUUUCAAAAGUGCCGCCCUUCUAAACUUGAAUGAUCUGGUCACCUUGCUGCCUGGCAACCAGGUAAAUGCAUAACUGCAAAUAGAGGUUUGAUAUCAAACUGUAAGAAAUAUUGUCCUUUCUGAAACUGAAGAAUGUUACAAACCCUUGUGUUAAUGAGAUUAAAACUGCUUUAGUUUCACAUGGCGCUUCAGCAGCAUCUUGGGCUAGUCAGUGUCCAUCUGUUGGAGUUAUUAAUGGCUGGCCUGCUUAUGUCAAAUUUCCACUCAGUUUAGAUAUUUUUACAAGAUGUAAGUCAUGGACGGAUGGCAGUUCCACUGCAAAGCUUGGAAACCACCACAGCCUCUUUCUUUUAUGAAGGAAAGUUAUAGCCUUUCAGUUCUAUGAUAACUUUCUAUUUCUGUCAUUUUCUCCAUUACAUACACAGCGCUUUACAGGCGAACAUUUGUGCUGGGUUUUAGGAGACCAAGAGCUCCAUACAGUUAAAUUUAAGGUCGGUUUGUUGUGCACAUAAAAGCAAUAAAAUGAUUCCAAGUAGUUUUUCUGCUCUCUAUAGAGCUUCACAUUAAACAAAACAAGUAUUAACCUCAACAUACAUCGGUCCAGUGCUGAAUUGACUAACUAGUGUCAAUUUCUGCUUCUUUGUGUGACAUAAAUCUAAAAAAAGUGGAAACAGAAAUAACCGUUGAGCUCAUGCAUAACCUAAAAAGAAGUUGAGUGUCUGUUGUAUAUUAAUGUGUGGCUUGCAGUAUACUGCAACACAUACUCAGAAUUACUUCUGGCAUUCAUUGUCAGGACCUCCUGCAGGCUAGCAUUUACCAUGUCUUAAUCUGUCGUUAGUCUAAGCUUCCGUUACCAGAGGGUGUACGAUAAACGGGCAAAAUUACAGGAUUUGGAAGAAUGCCAGCAUCUUGUUUGAAGUUCAGCAGUCCUACAUGUCUGCUCCAAAGAGAGGCCAAAGAGAUUACAUCAGAGAUGAAAAAAGGAGCCUCUUCUGUGUUUUUUCUGGUCCAACUGGCUUGUCUCUUUAAUGUCACACUCUGAAUGCAGCUAACCCAAAUUAAAUCACAUUCAGAGCUGAAAACAGUUCCUCCCAACAGUUAUCACACUCUGUUAAAUUCACAUUUAAACAGGCUUUUGAGCUGCUCCUUCUGGAUAAUCUUACUACACCAGAGAAAAACAGGAACAUUUUCCAAACACUUACCCAGAAAUUUCAUGACAGUAAUCACUACUUUUAGUGUUUGUGUCUAAAAUUAUGCUUGUGCAAUUUUGUGUUUAUUCCAUCGUGAUGAGUUGAUUUAAUUGACCUUUAACAGCCUGUUAUCUAAAAUAAGUAAACCCAUAUUUAGACAGGCAUAGAUAAUGCUGUUUAUCAGCCAUACUUAUGGUUGAUUGUAUAACUGCCAAGGCAUUUAUGUGUGUCUUUAAAACUGAGUGUUAAGGGGAAAUAAAAUUCUCAAAAUGUCCCGAAAGGCUGUGAAAGCCACAGAGCCAAAGAUCUGCAUCUGCUUUUGCUUUCUUAAUGUGCUGACAGUUGUGUUGUUGAAGCCAAGUGUCGAUAAUUAUGAGGUUUUAUCACAAAUAUUUCAUCAGGUUGUAUAAUAAUGUUCCAAGUAAGUGUAUAUAGUAAUGAUGUGGUUAAACUUGCCUAUACCUGUCUUUGGUAUGAUCUCAGUCUACUUCUCUGCUGCAGUAUUUACUAUCACAUUAAUCUCUAGGUCUCUAUAAUCUUUGUUACACUAAAAAUAAAGAAACAUAUGUCUCAGUCUUCAACUGCUUUGAGAUUUUAAGUAAGAAAAAAACUCACAUUGUGGAAAAAUCUGAGCAACUGUUAAUGUGUUCAGUAACUUUCAUUUAUACUCAUUACUUGUGUUCUGGCGAAAGAUUUUAAAGGGUCCGUACACUAAUGCCAGCUGGUGAGGCGCUGCCAGGGAACACAGGUGCUCUUGUACUCCUGGGAAACACAAAUACAGCAGAAACAACUGAGAGUUUCCAUCAAAAAGCUCAGGACAUUUCUAUGAUCUCUGACGUGGUCCAGUUGCAGUAAAUUGACAUGAUAGUAUAGAUACUUCUGCCUUCCUUAAAAUUUUCUGUAACUCCUUCAUCUCAUUUUUCCUGUUUUGAUUACCAGGUUUAUGAUGCUGAGUUUGGAGUUUCACCAUUCCUGUCGCUACGACUACGUGGAGGUACGGGAUGGUGACAGCAUCAACUCAGGUGUUAUCGGUCGAUUCUGUGGGAACAACAGACCCCUUCCUAUUCAGAGCUCUGGCAACAGUCUGCAUAUCCUCUUUGUGUCUGAUGGCUACAAGAACUUUGAUGGAUUCUUUGCAACUUUCCAGGAAAACUCAGGUAGGGCAAAUGCCAUGAUGUUUAUUGACGUUUUUUUUUGUCAUGAGCCAUAGUUAAACAAAAAGGGAAAAGACCCAAAUGCAGACAAAAAAAGAUUUUAUUUAAAAUGAACUAAAUGACAGGCAACAAAAACUUACUUGAAAAACACAAGAAGAAAAAUCCAACUAAAGACACUGGAGAAAAAAAAAAAACACAAAGAGACUAAAGAUUCACACAUAGACUACCCAGACAAGCCUACACAUCAACAUAUAAUAAUAAUAAUAAUAAUAAUAAUAAUAAUAAUAAUAAUAAUAAUAAUAAUAAUAAUGCAUCAGAUUUCAUAUAGCGCUUUAUCAGAGACCCUCAAAGCGCUUUACAUUGGAUACAUCAUUCAUUCGCUCACACAGUCACACUUUUGGUGGUGGUAAACUACAUUAGUAGUCACAGCUGCCCUGGGGCAGACUGACGGAAACGUGGCUGCCAGUUUGCGCCUACAGCCUCUCCAACCACCACACAUCAACGUACAAUGAACCAACAAGCACAGAGGGGAAGACAGAGACUAUAUACACACUGGAAAACGAGCAACAGGUGAGGCUAACGAGACACAGGUGAAACUCAUGGGUGAUUAACGAAGGAGGGAAAACUAGGGAAGUAAAACCAGACUAGAAACACAAGGAAUAAACUACUGCAAAAUAAAACAGGAAACACUGAAAACUGAUGUAAAGAAUAAGACGCAGAGAACAGGAGGGAAACAGGGUCAAACACAAACUGAAAAUUCACAAGCCUAGACUACAGGGGAACAGGAACAAUGAGGAACAGAAACACUAGGGAAAAUACACAAACUGCACUCAAAUAAAACCAGAAGAAAACCAAAUUAACAUCACAUAUUACAUUUUUUGCUCCAACAAAGAGAGAUUAAAUGAGCUGGACUAAGUCCAUUUCGCAUUCAUUUUAUAUGCAUAACAAUGUUGAAAGUAUAUCAAACCUAAGGAACAUGGCUGAUCAGCUGAUAAUAUUAUGAAUUACUGAUGGACCAGUGUCAAGUAAGGAAUUAUUAGUCUUUUCUGUAGAAAGAGAAGUAAAAUAAUCAAUACUAUAUCAGAUAUCCUUGAUUUAUAGAUUUUAUGACAUAGAAAACAGCAGUGAAAUAUCAUACCAGGAUUUGAGCUUCUCACUUUGAGCACAAUUGUUGAGCAAAGCGGUUGCUGUAUCCAAAAGCUCAUUACCAGUUUGUCCUUGCUGCUUUAAUCACAACAAAUACAAAGCCAUCUUAAAUGUCAAACUCAAUGAACAAAGCAGCUCUUCACACUCAUGCACUUCAAUAAGUGCAAACCAAAAAAAAAAAAGUUUCCAAGUACCUCAGGGCCCACAUGUAAUAAAAAGCCUUUAACAGUGCGUGACUGACACCUACACGUUUCAGCUAAAGUCUUGGUCAUGGUGCUGAUCCCACUAACAGCCCAUUGAGGAAGCGAGGGCCGACCAAAAUGUCCUCACUUUCCAGAAAUUUCCUCAUAUGGAAGGUCUACAACUCAGAGCAGACCCGCACUUGCAUUUACAAGUUACAAGCAGCUAAGCCAGAUCUAAUAAAAGCAAACAGAGGCUCACUGUGUGGAGGUGCACGCGCACGCACACUCACACACAGAUAUAUUGAAAAGAGAAAGUGAUAUUUAAACAGUGCCAACUUUGAAUCCCUUGAUGGAGCUCGGCCUUUCAGAGUAGAGAUUGUAUUAUUAUAUAGCUAGUAAGUACAACAUUUGUUUUUGUGCCCUAACAGUCUCUCACUUUUGUGUUAACAGCUUGCAGCUCCUCUCCAUGCCUGCACGACGGGACUUGUAUCUUGGACAGUUCUUACACAUACCACUGUGCCUGUCUGGCUGGCUACACGGGCAAAAGGUGUGAAAACGGUGAGUUUCUGUCAUAAAAUUGAGUCUUUACAGUAUGAUUAGAUAAAAACGUUAAUUUUCAUGCUUUUGGAGGAGAAAGAAUAUGUCAUGGGAAGAAAACCAAGUCUUUUACAACAUGAUGAGGAUAUGACUUGAUUUUUCCAUCUUCUUAGUAACUGGUCUCGCUCUAAUGACAAUUGUGAAAUCUUAGAUUUCCUCUGGUGUUUUUCUUCAGAACUAUGACACACCUGGUUACAGCAAAACUUACCAACAACUGAGCCUGCCUGUGUUGGGGCAGGCAGUGAUUCAUGGUCACCAGGGAGAGGUCUGUGGUUUGGGUGAGGUCCAAGCCAGCUGCCUCCCCUGGCCAUGCAGUCACAUCAAUGGUUUUGGUCAGUCAGCCUUAACAAAUAUGAAAAAUAUUUAUGAAGUGUCAACAGAUGGGCUGCAGACCCAAAUAACCAUGCAGCAAAUGUUUUUGUAGGAAAUUUGAUGUUUGCUACUGCUGAAAACAGAAGAAUACAAUGAAGGAGUGAAAUUGCUUCUGCAAUAUUUACUGAAAAAUACAGCUUUUUAACUUUAGCUAACCAUUCCUGUUUCUGCAGAUCCCCACAAAAUGCUGUUCUAAACAUAGGCAAUCAUCUUAAACCACAGUGGUAUAGCUCCAUCUUCAUGUGGGGUACAGAUCAAUCAGGAUGUGACAGGCCUAUGAGGUCUUUUAUUUAUAGGUGUCUGGAUCCUAACUAGGGUUUUACAUCAUAUACACCUCCCCUAAGGUCCUGGAAAAACAAACCUACUGAACUCCACUCCCUCUUUUUUUUUUUGAGGAGUCAUUUUCAGGGCAAAAUUUGAGUCUAUAAAAUCGACAGUGAAACAGUUGUACUUCUGUAACAUGAGCCAGAUUUUCCAUCAGAGGAGACUGACAGUAAAGGAAUCUGCAGAGUGCUCUUUCAUAUGAAUUCCCAUGAGAAGUGCUCAGCUGUUAAUCCUAAUGAAACAGAACUGGAGUGUCUAAUGUCUGACAUAUUUGUUGAGGAAAUGUAGUCUACAUUUCAGUCCCAGAGGCAGAUGGAGAGUUCUGAGUAUGAGUCUGACAUCAGCCAUAUUUUAUGUCUCUAAUAAUCAGCCUGUCAUCUGGUUUAAACCUGAGCUCAAACUCAUUCUCGGUGAGGGAGUUUUGACAAGUUAUCAUGAAAAACAGAGAUAGAAAAUAUUUUCUCUUGCCCUCUCCUUUUUCUCUGCACAGUUCAAUCUGUCCUGGAGCCUAAUCUGUUUAAGAGUGCAGUUUUCAACAGAGUUUCCAAGAGUUAACAAAAGGAAUGAUAAUUUACUUACAGCAUGUGUGGGUUUCUGUGUAUUAUGUAAGCAUUCCACCUUAAAAUCUCCCAACUCUUUGUUAUACAUGGAACGAAAAUCUGUCAUGGAGGAUUGGAUCAUUUAAAGCACGAAACAAAAAUGCUGAAAACAGCUGAAGAUACUGUCUCUGAAAACACUUUCAAAGGUCAACUGCAGUUUACUUUUCCACUUUUGGGUGGACAGCAGAAAUUCUCUGUUUCCUGAGGGACCAAAGGAUGAAAUACUGCAAGGCGAAAUCGCCCAGAUUAUAGAGUGAGUUCUUUGGUUUGGAAAUAAAACGACAGAAAAAGCAUUUCAUUGGAUCUUACCAAACUUAAAGUCCAAGCACCGCCUGUAGGAAUAUUACCCUGCAAAGAAACUGUCAUGUAGGAUUACUUUGAUGUAAAUGUGUGUUUGGCUUUUUGGGCAUUGUCUUGCACAACAGCAUGCGUAUAUACACAUUCGUAGUUUGCUUUUAAGAUGGAAUUAGACACUAUAUUUUAAGAAAUGGUUUUUUAGUUGACUGCUCAAAGAAUACCAAAGAAGUCUUUUAUUAUGGUCACAGGUAGAGUAAUACAGCGCCGGACUCGCAAUGACAGAGCUCCUAGGAUCUCCAUCACAACAAGUGCCCAUUUCCGGGUAUCAUUCACGUUUAUCUUCUUGGGCAGGGAUUGUCCCGGACAGAGGUUGGACUUAAACACAGCCGAGCAUCAUUGCCCAGUUAUCUCCAACGUGAACAGGCCGACCACUGUUCACAUGGUCUUACUAAAAUGUGCUAUAAAAUAUGUGUGUAAGUAAGUAAUUAAACUUAAUUUAUACAGUGCCUUUCACAGACCAAGGUCACAAAGCGCUUUACAGUAAACAAACAAAAACAAUACACAGUUAAUAAAAACAUACAAAGCUAAAAUUUAAAAGGCCAAAACAACACUAUGGCAACCAUAGCAGCCCUAAGACAGUUAGGCAAAAGCCUGAACAAACAGAAAAGUCUUUAGUUCCCUUUUGAAGGAGUCAACUGACUCCAUCGAACGCAGAGCAGGCAGAAGAUCGUUCUAGAGCUUGGGAGCAACAGCCUGGAAGGAUUGGUCUCCUCUGGUCCGGAAAUGAGUGUGAGGCACCAUCAGCAGAUUCUGACCCACAGACCUCAGAACCCAGGCUGGGGUGUAAGGCUGGAUCAGAUCAUUGAUGUAAGCUGGAGCCUGACCAUGCAAGGCUCUGAAAGUUAAAACCAGAAUUUUAAAAUUUAUCCUAAAAGAAACAGGCAGCCAAUGAAGGGCUUUAAGUAUCGGGGUUAUUUGUGACCUCCUAUUGGAGCGGGUCAGAAUUCUCGCUGCAGAGUUUUGUACUAACUGCAGCUCCUUUUUGUUCACACAAGAAAAAAAAACUGUUACAAUAGUCUAAAUGUGAAGACACAAAUGCGUGAAUGAUCAGUUCCAAAUCAUUAUGUCUGAGUAUUGUUGACCUUGAGGCGUCUAUCUACUGUAGCAAACCUGUCCGGUAGAACAAAGAGAGCCUUGUGACUCAUCAGGUUCCUCCUUAGAUUUCACACUGUUCUGAUUCAAUGAAAACAAUCUGUGAGUAAAUGAAAACACUCAUUAAGUUGCGUAAGUUCAGUGAAAAAGCACAAAUCUUAGCAAAGUAAAAAACAAUUAUAAAAAUAACAAUAUUCACAACUAUAUUCACACUAUGCAAAUGCUAGACCUAUAUUCUCAUAGUCAGCACUGAAAGUUUCCAAUGCUGUUAAUAGUAAAAGUGUUAUGUUACAGUUUCCAACUCACAAACAUAAUGAAUGUAACCACUAUUAUUUUGCAUCUGUUCAGUUUAUAUGCAGCUGAAAGAUGGAUAGUGAAAAUGAAGAGGGUAACAAGGCUAAAUUUGAAGUAAUAACAGCAUUAGAUGUUGGUUCCUGUCAGACUGUUGCUAAAAUGCAUUUUACUACACCAUCUAUAUUUUUUAGAUUAUAUUAGAGAACUGAUGUAAUGAUGAUACUUUGUUAUAUUUUCUGUCUCUUAGUCAUUGUCAAACCUGGAAAUGAAAUAGCAUUUGAACCUCCCUCAUGGGAAAUGGCUGCUAUUUGAUUAUCCCUGUUGAUAGCAUGGACACUAUUAUUUUGGAGAAUUUUGCCACAUAACAGAGUAAAGUGCAGUACUCCAAACACUACCAAUCCACUCUGCCCACUUCAUGAAACCCACUUUUACAGCCCUGGAAAGUUGAACAGUUUGGACUACAGCUGCUUUUAUUGCAACUUUCUCCUCCUUAUUUACAAGCCAUGUGUGAGAGUCUUGCUGUGAACUGUUCACACUUAACCAGAGUGGGUGAAAUGAUUCAGUAAUGAGCCUCUAAGGUAGCAGGCUGAGCUUGAAGUGUUCUGGACAGUUUUAAAUAAAGAGCUGAAAGAUGAGAUUUAGUUUUAUAGGCUACCUGUCGGACCUGCUAACAUGAGAUGCUAAUAAACUCACUGAGGGUCUGUUUGUGUGGUCUUCUGCUGCAGGAAGGUGCAAUAAAUAGACGUUAUAGAAAUGCCUGCGAUGCCUCUCAAAUCUUCUUGAUGUAUUAAUUUUGGUGGUAUUGCUUCGAGUCAGGGAAUAGGAAAAUAUGACAGCAUGUGUUCAUGAAUAAAAAAUGUGUGCCUGUAUUUCCACUCAGUGGUGGGCUGCCAAAGGCCUCCAGUCCCCACCCAUGGAUCCACCGAGGGUUUGUUUCAUCACUCAGGGGCACGCAUCACUUUCCGCUGUGAUCCUGGCUUUGAGCUGCGGGGAGUUCGCACUGCCAUCUGCCUGAGUGACGGCUCCUGGAGUGCCCCUGCCCCAAAGUGUGGUAAGAUACUGAUUUGGAUUGUUUACUUUCCUGCGAAAUGAUUAAAACUCAGACUCUGUGAGAGCUAUACGCGGUCAUUUUCUUGUGUAUCAUCGUCAUGGAUACAGAUUGUGGAUGAUUUGAUGCCUCUGAAAACCUGGUUUUCUGUCCGUUGCCUAGUACCGCGGGAAAGACUCUGCACCUUACCACCAAAGCCAAAACAUGGGGACCACUUCCUGGUUUAUGGACCCAAUGACGUCCUCAUUGCUUUGCAGUACCUGUGCUACCAUCCCUAUGAGCUCAGCGGGAACUCCCAGAGGACCUGCCUACCAAACAAUACCUGGAGUGGACCUUCUCCUGUUUGCACCAAGGGUUAGAGAAGGUCUUUUAAAUGAUGGGGGUUAAAGAUAAAGUGGACGAGAUAGUGGAAAAAGUGCACAAAACUUUUGAAUUCAUGAAGCAGAAAGUUAGAAAUUGAUCGGGAAAUCCUGAAACUAUUCUGCAUGACCAUGCGAUUUUGUUGAAAAGAUUUUAAGUCAUUUUACUUACCCUUAUGUCAUGUUCUUUGUUUACAGUCAAUAAUACUCUUACUGAAGCGGAAAAGGGCAAAGACAUAGACAAAGAUAUCUUCAUUGACAAAGACACCAGAAAACCUAAAGAGAAGGGUCAAGAAAACACAACUGGAGAAAAAGAGAGUGCCGGAGAGGGAGAUAUAAACACCGGGCAUGAGAAUACCACAGCAGUGGACAGAGAAGAUAAAUACACUGGCACUAUUCCAGAGAAAACUGCGGCUGAGAAUCGGACUAGAGAAGAGCCAGAGGAAAGAAAUACUGGGUCAGAAAAACCCACAGGAGGAAGUAAAGAGGAGGAGAGUAAAGGCUCUGAUGACAGCUUGAACACGGUUGAAAAGAAAGAACCUGAGGUUGAAAAGCUGCCUGAAAAGAAAGAAGACACAAACCUAGAUCCAGGAAGGACAGACAUCACGGAAAUAGUUGUGAUAAAAGAUAAAGGACAAGAGGAGAAAGAGAGGAAGGACCAGCAGGUGAAUGGUAAAAGGGAUCCAGAUAAAGUGGGCCCGAAUGAUACCAAGCUGAGGACGGUCAUAUCUGAGGGUGAAAACACAGUGGAAAUAUUUGAACUGGAAAUGACAAAGAACAACACGGUCCUACAGGGUACGAAAGAGCGAAAGACAGAAAACAACACCAUAGUUUCUCUGGGAAAAAUCAUCCCAACUCGAAUAAACGUCACACAGUACACCCUGUACAGAGCAGGAGGCGAGGAAGGUGGGCGAGCCAAGGAAAAACCAACAAUUAGGGAGGACAGGAAAGAGGAGAAGCCUGUGGAGAAAACAAAGGAGGAGUUAGAGGAGGCGAAAGAAAAGGAAAAGGAGAAAGAAAUCAACCAAAGCUUCAUGGGUAAGACAACUGUUCAGAUAAAUGAUCAGGAAAAAUGCAGUCUUUGUCAAUGUUACUCAUCUUUCUUUUGCCCUCCUGCAGACAAAAGCUGCCCUCCUCUCCCUCGCCUCUACCAUGGUUACCACCAGCUGGUACCUGAACUUCAACCUGACACAGUGGAGUUUUUCUGCAACCACUCCUAUGCCCUCAGUGGUGACACCCGACGCACCUGCCAGUCAGACGGUACCUGGAGCGGCAAGCAACCUCUCUGUGUCAGAGGUACAGUCAUGACUUUGCUCUCUCAUAUUUAGUUAAGAAAUGCUUGUACAUUUUUCAUCAUGAUGAGCAGGAUAAAACGUGUGCAUUACACUUUUGACUGAUCAGAAAAAACACGUUAGGAAGUGAAAAACACAUCUUACCAGACGAGAUAAGCAAAGAGAAUACCGUACAACCACAUCUUUGUCCAUAGGGGGCAGCAAAAUCAAGAACAACAACAAAAGAAAAAGUUCCUGGUUGGAAGCACAAACCACAAAGUAAUGUUUAAUUUAAAAAUGAUCAAGUUCUGAAAAAGUAAAGUCAAUAGAGAGGGGUCCUGGCUCGCUUAAUGUUAGAUAAAUGGGCUCACUCAGAAAGACGCUUAAUCAGUCUGGAGCUGUGAAUGUUAAUAAGAUGGAUUUUGGUCUGGGUGUUUCUAAGCUCUUUGCCAAAAGGUAAGUGGUCAAACUAUCCAUUAACUGGAGCUCCCUGAUAAAUUAAAGGUCCAGGGCAGAAAGACAAAUCAAGUUUUGCUGUGUUAGAGGAUACAGCAGCCAGUUCGUUUGUUUCAGCUUUCUGUUUUCUGUUACUUGUUUCGAGUGAGAUCAGGGGAUUGAUAUCAUCCUUCAGUCUGUCUGCUAAAUCUCACUUUAACCCCUUACAUUGUGCGUUUAGCACAACGAAAUACGAAAACACAGCAAAUGUAACAAAAUCCAACUUAUCCUAGUUUUUAACUCAAACAAGAUAACAAGUCUCAGUUAGUGAACUUUUGAGAUACUGAUAUCUAAAUUAAUAAUUAUCAAACACAGCCAGUCUAGAUUUUCCUCUUCUGCAGCUUUAAUGCUAGCUUUUAAUGAUAAUUUUGUCUUCAUACAUAAAAGCCACAACUUAAGUAUGCCCCUCAAGACAAUGAUAAGCGGUAAAGACAUGGGUCUAAUGUCACUUUACAUUUCCUUGCAGUCUGUUUACUGUUGAGAUGUGAAUGGUACCUUGAUGUUAAACUUUAAGUUUUUUUUUGUUUUGUUUUGUUUUUGUUUUUUUAGCAUGCAGAGAGCCCAAAGUGUCAGAGCUGGUGAGACAGAGAGUUUUGCCUCCUCAGGCACCAUCCAGGUAUAUAAACACAUACUGUAUCACCCAACAUGCACAGCUAAUACUAAACCAUGACAAAAAGGAAUUACUCUUAAAUUUAUGAGGUACUCACUUUCUAAAGUAUUUACUCAACCUAAAAGAUGUGUCUAAAAUCCAUGUCCCCUUCUGCCCCCCUUUCAGAAAAACACCUGUACAUAAACUCUACUCCUCUGCUCUGGGCUGGCAGCUGCAGUCUGAUGACCCCUCCAAAGGGCCCCCUCAGCCUCCCCAGUUGCCUCAAGGCUUCCACCACCUCUACACACAUAUAGAGUACGAGUGUGCGUCUCAGUUCUACCAGCACUCUGGCAGCGCUCGGCGCACUUGCCUCAAAACUGGGAAGUGGAGCGGGCGUCAUGUAUCUUGUUCACCAGGUGAGGGCAGCACAGGACAACUAGUUCUGUGACCACAGUGAACAAGUGAAUGGACAUGCUUGUUAUUACAGAAAAUUAAAACCACAGAUCAAUUACAAUGUGCUGUAAAUUUUGAGCCAUGGCUUAUCCUUAUGUAUAUAUAGAUAAAUAUUUAUAUAAAGAUAUACAGUACAUUCACCAUUUCUCGUGGCUAUCAUUGUUUAACAUGUUUCCAGCUUCUUCAUUUAUCUCUGAAGUUACCUGCCAGUGCUUGUCUCCUCAAUAUCACUUAGUCUUAGUGUGCUAAUCUUCUAAAGCUUAUAGAAAUCAUCCUUUGAUUAAAAGCAUGGAUAUUUAAUUAAAACGCUCCUUAAUUGGAAACUACAUGCACAAAUUCAAGUUAUGAUUUUCAUCAGCCACACCUUGGAUAAAAACAGUAAUAUCCCUAGUUUUGACCUGGUUUGAUACUUUGACAGAUUUUUGCACAUUCCUUAUGAUGACAAAUGUAACACAUCCUUAACCCGCGAUAUUGCCAUUGCUUCUUGCAUAAAGAUUUUUGCACAUGUUAAAGUUAUAACCAAGUAGUUUUUUAUUAACUUGUACAUGGUGAUGAUAAUUAAAGGGGAUAGACUAGUGGAGUUUAUUUGAAGUCCAACCAACCCUCUAAAGCAAAGCGUACACUCUGUGUUUACUUCUUAAGCUGCUUUGACAGCAGGUAGAAAGAUGGGAGGAUCCAGUCGUACAAUACCUUUCCAUUUACAUAAUGAUGAGGGAGGUAUUGAGAAGAAAUCUGAUGUUAUCAAAGCACAGAUCUUAGUGUAGCAGGAGGUAAGAAAAGAGGUUCACAAAUAGGUAUAGAUGGACAAAUUCAAAUCUUCACAAAACUGUAGAGUUCUGAGUGUUAAGAUUGUACGAUCUGUGACACUAAUUUGCAUUUUGUCAAUCAAGCUCUAAAAGACGAGCUUUCAGACAGAGAGGAUAGUAUAAAGACAGUCUAGCAACAGUAAGUGUUGACACAGCCUAAAUAGAAGUCUAAUUUUUUACAAUCUCCUCCUCUUGCUCAUGGCCUCUCACUCUUUCGUCUCAUCCUGUCACCUCCUCUUUGGCAGUAUGUGGGAAGCAUCCGACCUUUGACCCAGAGAGGCCUGCAGAGGCUCACUGGCCUUGGCUGGCAGCCAUCUACCGCCGCUCCACCAACAGUGCGGCACAGACAAAGGUGACCAAGGCGGACAGCCAAGCAGGGUCCCUGAAGAAGAACAUCGGAGCAGGAAAUGGCAACUACAACCAAGCCUCUGACUGGCAGCUGGUGUGCAGUGGGGCUCUGGUAAACCAGCGCAGCGUGGUGGUGGCAGCACACUGUGUGACAGAGCUGGGGAAGGUGUAUCCUUUGGAUGCAGCCAAGAUCAAGGUGGUGGUGGGGAAGUACUACCGGGAUGACUACAGGGAAACUAAAGGUCUCCAACACCUCAGGGUAAGCUGACUGAGAUCUUUCUUCUUCUCUUAUUUUUUAAACUUGCAGACUAAGUCCAUGUUCUUCUCCUCACAGGUGGCCUCCAUCGUUGUUCACACAAACUACGAUCCCUAUAUCCUCGAUUCUGACAUAGCAGUGGUAAAAUUACUGGACAAAGCAAGAAUCGGGGAGAAGGUUUUACCUCUCUGCCUUUCCGACAACCAAGAAGAAGAGGUAACCACAGGACAGGGGCUGGUGACAGGCUGGUCCCCGCUGCCUGAUUCAAAUUUAGGCCCAGAUGAGCGGGCGAGGGUUGGCCUAGUCCGCCUCGCUGAUGUAGUUCCCUGUGAGCAGCAAUAUGCCCGCAAUGGUGUGCCAGUCAGUGUCACAGACAAUAUGCUUUGUGGCAGCCAGAAGCCUGACUAUGGACCCUCAAACAUUUGCCCCUCUGACACUGGGGGGAUCCUCGUCCUCCCUGCCCACUCUGACAACCAAGCCAGCCAUGACCAGAAGUCCUCUGUUGGUUUUACACAGGCACAAGAGGAGAGCAAAGGACUGUGGAGACUCCUGGGGCUGGUGAGCUUUGGCUAUGACCAAGGGGAGUGUGAUCCUGACCUAUACACAGUCUACACACAUGCAACAAAUUUCAAAGACUGGAUCGAGAGCAAUCUGAAGUGAAAAGUUCUACUGGCACACUCUCUUUUCUCCUCCCCCUCUGCUCUCAAAGGCGCCUUUCUAUCUGAUUGUCGUCUCUGGUUUGUAUGUCUGUUUCUCAGCCACUUUAAUUCUGUUUUUCUUCGUGUUUUGCACAAGGGCAUUUUCUUUCUCAAUCCAGCAGCACUGGGAAACACUGGACAACACAGUGCUUAAACUGAAGGGGGUGCUAACACAUUAGAUGUGCUCGGCAUCAGAGGACUUCCAAGCUCAGGUCUUGAAACCUGAGGUUACAGACUUGAAAAUGACCAGAAAACUGUCUAAAGCCUCCAGCUGAUGAUGGUUUUUAUUCUACCCAUUGGUAUGUAUAUAUGCUGUAAUGUAUUGGACUAUUCAAUCAAUUUAUAUGACUACAGAGAUGUACAUAUUGUAUGAACUGGCGGAAAAAUCAUGACGUUUUUUUAAUUAAAGAAAAAGUGGGUGUGGUAAA